AUGCGUCAGGUCAUCAUUGCAUUUGCGCUGGCUCUUGGUGGACUCGCUGUAUCAAUUGAGGUUGAAGGGACAUCAAUUAAUACCUGCCAACCCCAUGAUUCAGUUUCCUUUUUCGAAGUACUAUCCGGAAGUGGAUAUGAAGGGGAGACAUUCGUCAGUCUAGAACUCAGAGGGUAUGAACCAAGCGGCGAGUGGAAAGGCUCCAAGUAUUGUCACUCUGGAUUCUGCAUAUACUGGACACGCCGCCAUGAUAUUGCGUUGGUCACAAAAGAAUCUAGAGGCCACAGUAUUAUGGAUCAAGUGUCGCAAUUGUCAGAAUCGCCUUUAUUCUCACUGAUGGACAAGCAGCAAGAAGACGACAUGUUCUAUGAGAGUGAGAUACCUGGGAAGGGUAUCGGGCUCAUUGCCAAGAGGCUGAUACGAAAAGGUGAAACUGUCAUGAAGCGCCGGCCGUCAUUGCUAGUACAAGUAGAAACACAAGCUAGGAUGGACGUACACGUACGAGAUAUACUUUAUGACCAAGCAAUGGACGGAAUGAGAGACCCAGACCGCAGUCGUGUCAUGGGUAUGAUGGGCAGCGACCUAGGAGACAAGAUUGACAAGAACUGUUUUCGUUUACGGAUAAAUGCCGAUGAAAAUAGCGAUAGUGGUGAUCAUUACAUUGGCUGUUAUCCCGAUAUCGCCAGGUUAAACCACGAUUGCAGACCGAGCCUCGUAUACGCGAUCAAUAAUUUUACGCACAGUAUCUCCGCAGUACGAGAUAUUGACGCUGGCGAAGAGCUGAGCAUUAGCUACAUCCGUCUGCUCUCUCCUCGAGCUCAGCGUUUAGCGCAGCUGAAACAUUGGGGCUUUAGCUGUUCUUGUGCGCAUUGUACUAUGAGUAGUAAAGAUGCCGCCACGUCUGAUGCUCACCUACGUGCUAUAGUAGGUCUUGAACGGGACCUUGAUAACUUCAAGGAAACGUUGGUUAUGCCCGAGACAGGUGCUAAGCUGGUCGAGCUGUAUCGGCGAGAGAGACUGCAUUUGUAUUUGAGUAGGGCUUAUGCACAGGCAGCUAUAAAUUACGCUACAUUUGGCAGGGAAGAUGAGGCAAAAAAGUAUGCUAGAUUGGCCUUGGAGCGCCUAGGGAUCGAGCCUGUAAGCAACGCUGAAGAUGUUGUUUUGAUGACGCUGCUGUCAGAGAAUCCGCGGUUGCACGGAGCAUGGGAAGCUCGUCUGAAUGCGAUUAAAUGA